AUGGUGGCGACGGUUAAGCGAACUGUUAGAAUAAAAACCCAGCAAUCUAUCCUACCCGAUGUUCCACCUCCAGUUGAUAACUUUCCUAUGCGGAAAUGGAGUAUCCAAUUGGUUUUAUUAGACGAACAGGGAAAUGAGCUUUCUGCUAAUUUAUUUGAUAAAGUUGUUUACCAUUUACAUCCGACUUUUGCUAAUCCGAAUAGGACGUUUACGGAGCCACCUUUUAAGAUUGAAGAACAAGGAUGGGGUGGGUUUGAGUUACUGAUUAGUUGUCAUUUAUUGGAUAAAGGUGGGGAGCGGAAGAUAACGCAUGAUUUACAUUUUAUGAAAGAUUCUUAUGAGGUUGACCAUGUUAUUCAGGUCCCAAUUAAUAAGCCUUUGCUAAGGGCUGAGGUUGAAAAGAGCGGUCGUGUGGAUGAUCCCGUAGCGCCUGCUGGUUCUACAGGAGGUGAAAAUAAGCGUAAAGCUACAGCUGCAAAUGGGGAGACUAAAUCGAAGAAGGUAAAGACAGCUACGGCAUCUACGGUGAAGGGGUCCGUCGACUUGGAAAGACUAGCAUUUGGUUUGACUAAACUAAAUGAAGACGAUUUAGUCGGCGUCGUCCAGAUGGUUACUGAUAAUCUCACGCCAGAAAUGAACAUUACAAACAAUGUUGAAGAGGGAGAGUUUGUUAUUGAUCUGUACAGUUUACCAGAAGGCUUGCUUAAAAGUCUGUGGGAUUACGUUAAAAAAAACAUUGAAUAA